AUGUCGAGGCAGGUGCAGCUUACGGACGUGCUCAGGAAGGAGGUGAGAUCGCUGCUGAUGGCUGCCAAAGAGGGGCUAACCCCAGCGCAGCUGGAGCAGGAGUACCUGGCGAUGAUUGGCAGACCUCUUCCUCUGCAUGACCUGGGCUUCCAGUCCACCAUGGAGCUGGUGGCAGAUAUGCCUGAGGUUGUCAGAAUCUGUCCCCACGGCAAAGGCACUUUUAUCCUGAAAGCUGUUGCAGAUGAGACCACCAAAGACAUUGCCAAACUGAUCGCCAAACAAAAGACAAGUGUUAAGACACGGAAUGCUGCACCAAGGGCAAAUGCUUUGCCUAGCUCCAGGAAUCAGCAGAAGUUCCCUCGGAGGGGCAGGACUCCUCCUGUCUUGCCAGCAGCAGUGAAGAGUGAGCUAAAGGAUCUGCUGAGUUCCUCGCCAGUUCUGCUCUCAGACUUCAAUAAGGCCUUCUCCAGACGCUUUGGCCGGGCGUUCAAGUACAUGCAAUAUGGAUUUUUUUCCAUGCUUGAAAUGCUUAGUAGUGUGUCUGAUAUCAUUGCAAUUGAACAGUCAAGAGCAGGGUCUUUGCUAACCCUGAAGAAAAGCCCCUCAACUGAAGAACAACAGGAAAAGACACCACAGGCCCCUGCAGUUGAGAUACCUCCUCCAGAACCCAGUUGUGAAACAGAAAGCUCCAAUCAGACUACAGAAGAGAAGUCAGAACCAGAGGAAACACAAGCAGUGGAUUUUGGUGAUAAAUUGAAACAAUUGGAGAAAGAUUUUAAGAUAAUGCUGUGUGAGAAAGGAGCUGGAGGGACAGUGAGCUCAGCCCUUAAGGAAAAAAUUCAAACUGUUGUAGCUAAGUAUCCAGAUGGUUUACUUGUUUCCAAGCUACAUGAUGAGUUUGAGGCACAUUUCAAAGAGAAUCUCUGUGUGGGGGAACUUGGCUUUGUAGACAUGUUAGAGUUUGUUGGCAGCCUUCAUGAUGUCCUCCAUGUUGAGUGCAAGGAAGAUGAACAAGACUGGCUGGUGUUUGACCUCAAAUCCAGGUGCUUAACAGAAGUUCCACCAGAUGAGCAGUCACAGUGUGAGGACUCCUGGCGUUGGUCCCCACCCCCUCCUGCUGCUGAGGUCUCCCAGAACUCCUCUCUCGGAAAGCCUGAGGAUGAUGUGAACCUGAAUCAAAGCAGAACAUUCAAUGUGGUCACAAAGUCAUUUAAACCGCCCCAAGGUUUGGAGUACUCCCUGCUAGCCGUGGAGAUGACGACUUCAGAAAUCCCCCCAGAUGCUGUUCAGAACAUAAGCCUUAGCAGCUUGCCACUGCUGGAGAAAAACUGCUUGGUGGGGGUCUUUGUGGAAUUCAUCAUCUCUCCUAGCCAGUUCUACAUCCAGGUCUACAGCAGGGAAACAUCUGAUAAACUGCAGGAUCUGAUGAUUGAGAUGAGACGCUGUUAUUCAAAUAAAAUCAUUUCUGAUCGUUACAUCAUGCCUGAGUCCUCAAUGCAGCCUGGACAGCUUUGCUGUGUAAUGAUCUCUGAGGAUAAGUGGUGGUACCGGGUUAUCAUCCACCGGGUGCUCAGUGACCAGGAAGUGGAGGUGUUCUAUGCAGAUUUUGGAAACCUGGGCACCGUCCAAAAGUCUUGGCUGAGAUUCCUCAAGUGGUGCUACUUGAAGCUCCCUGCUCAGGCUGUUGCGUGUUCCUUGGCAUGGGUGAAACCCGUGGAGGGUACAUGGACCGAUGCAGCAACUCUCCGAUUCCGAAAGUUGUGUGGCUCAAAGCUGCUCGUGGGCAUCGUGGAUGAGUAUGUGAACGGUGUUUUGCAUCUCUUCCUGUGUGACACGUCCUCUGAGGGGGAUGUCUACUUCCACAGUGUCUUGAAGGAUGAAGGGCAUGCAGAGGUCUGCAGAGAGAAUAUUCCUUCCCAGGGGUUCGAGGAACUGAAUCCUUUGGCCUUGUAUGUUCAGCCGAGUGCAAAGCAGGGGAGUGCUGGACUGGGGGAGCCAGACGUUCCCCUGCAGCAGGAAUGUCUAUGUGUAGAUAACGGAACAGCAAGCUCAAGUCUCGAUGGGGGUGAGCUGUGUGACCAGGAAUGGCACUUGUCCGCUAACAAAGAGAUGUGGGAUGAUGUGUGGCCAUUUUUAGAUCAGGUAGAUAUCCCAAGAACAACAGAUGAAGAAGCUGAGGUUGCAAAGGAGCAUACAAAUGAAAACACCUCGGAGCUUAUGACAGUGGUUAAGACACCACAUUCUCUUGGAGAGUCCUCAAAGCCUGCUGUCUUACCCAAGCCACUGGAAGACUUUUACAUCUCCCUCAUCUACUCCAACCAACCAGCAGAAAUGAGCCAAGACGACCCUGGUCAGACAGAAAGAUGUUCUAACAAAGCCCAACUUCUUGAAGCUGUACCUGCCUCUGUUCUGCUUCUGGCAACACCAUUUAUCUUGGACCAAUGUAACAAUAAAGUGAAGAACGAAGACCUUCCCAAGAGAGAAGCAGUUGUCCUUUGCAGUGCCAGUAGGUUAGCUGACCAGGAGGCACAUCAGAAACUUUAUGUUCCUCCUACCUCACCAUCUGCAACGUUGGGAGCCGCUGCACGCUUGGCUGCUUCCAGUGGCCUCUUCCAGUGGUUUCCGAGCCUGAGAAAGGAGAUGUGA